AUGGCUAUAAGGGAAGAAGUAGUUGCCUCGGCAGUAAAGUUUCUCAAAGAUCCCAAAGUGUCGACAUCUCCACUAGCAAAGAAGAUAUCGUUUCUAGAAAGCAAAGGAUUGUCAUCAGAGGAAAUUGAAGAAGCUGUAUCUCGAAGUGCAACUGGCGCCAGUACAAGCACUACCACGUCUACUACCACUACAAAUGUAUCGGCUGGUGCUGUCGGCGCCCCUGGAUCCAUGGCUCCCGUCCCAGGCCAACAUCAAAUGAUGCCUGGAACUGCUGGUAUGCCAUAUCCACAACAGCAGCCAUACGGACCUCCUGUUCCGUAUCAGGGCGGUCAACCAUACUAUCCUCCAUACGGUCCGCUACCCCCUCAUCAACAGCAACAGCAAGGAUUCCAAGUAUCACAGUUAGGUUGGAAGGAUUACUUUAUUGGUGCGGUCGUCGCUAUGGGUGCUUCAUACGGCAUGUUCCAACUCAUCAAGACAUAUAUAGGCCCACUAGUAUCCUGGCCAACAGACCAAAAACUAGAAGUAGAACGUAAACGCAUCGACGAACAAUUAUCAUCUGCUUCAACUGCCAUUGCUGCCGUCAAGGAUGAAACCGAACAGGUCGUAAAAGCAAUGGAAUCACAAGCUACCAAAGUCAACUCGUCACUAGAUACCAUGCAUACUAUAUUAAGAGAUUUACGGGACUUGGAUGAUAAACGUGAUGUCGAGUUUAAGGCUCUGAGAGAUGAUAUGGAAAAUAUCAAGACUAUGAUUCCAAAGAUGCUGGACAAGACAAAGGAAGCUCAAAGUAGUGUAUUGACCGACCUACAGACUGAAAUCAAGUCAUUGAAAAACUUGUUGUUAAAUCGGAGGUUGGGAGGUGCUUCACUACCCAUACCAGGUCUCAACACUGCAGACGAGCAAGAUGCACCAGCUCCAACAUCAGUUCCUGCUCCACAGUCAGUGAUUGCACAACCACCAGCAUCAACAGUACCUCCAGUAACGCAAACACCUCAAACUCGAUCAAUACCUAUAAAGCCAUCAAUUCCGGCCUGGCAGUUAGAAGCUCAAGCUGCUGCUGAUGCCAAGAAAGCGGAAGAUGCGAUAUCAUCAGCACCAUAA